GUUCGUCAUUUCAUUACCAACAUCAAAGGGCACCUCAAAACCCAUAGACCCCGUUUACUCAACCGUUAAUUUCGACUUUCCUAUUGCAGAUUUUUCCCGAGAAAAAAACCAAUGCAAACAGCGGAGGACAUCCGUAAUCUCCCAAUCGACAUCACAUUUUCUCGUCUUGGAGAAUGGUUGGUAGAUCGCAAGAGAAUACCGUCUGAUUGGAGAAAGAGAUUGGCGGCGAUACGAUCCAAGAUAUCGAAGGAGUUCUCGGCGUUGCCUAAGGAUAUUGAUCCCUAUUUUCAAACCCUUGACCCUGAAUGGAUUGGUUACUUAGAGGCCAAGAAAAUAUAUGAUAUUCUUCUUAAGUUGACUCCAGAAAGCCGGAACAUAUUUGGUCGGCUAUCAGGUGCUGCUGGAUCUUGGGAAGCAAUUGUGCAUUCUUUUGAGAAAGAUCAUCUAUACCUUGGCGAGGCUGCUCAAAUAAUUAUUCAGAAUGUAAACUAUGAAAUCCCAUUUCAGAAAAAACAGGUGCAAAAGAUUCAGCAACAACUGGCUGAACUUGAACGCAAGGAAGCUGAUAUAAAAAGAAGUGCAGCUCUAUCAGCUGCUAAAUAUGCUGAGGCUUGCCAAGAGCUUGGGUUGCAGGGGAAAAAUGUCAGGCUUGAACUCUUAGAGACUGCUAAUUCGCUCCCAAGUACAUUUAGCAGGAUUCUAGAAGUCAUCAAUGGUGAUUCUGUUUCACGGGGGAUCGAGUAUUAUUCUAAUUUUGUCAGAGAUGCUCAUACAGAAAACGAUAAAUCUUCACUUGCUGUCUUGCUGAGCUUGAAAGAUAUUUGUGAAAAUCCUCCAUCUUUGAGUGUUUCUGCAGCUUCUGAGACCCUUGAUUUAGAAAAUACUCAUAAUGACAUAGACCUUGGGAGGGGAGAUAUAGAUGUCAGUGCAGAUGCUAUUGAUUGGGAUAUCUCUGUUGACAAUGCUCAAAUAGAUUGGGAUAUUGGUACUUUGGAAGAAACAGAUGAUGGUGGUGGUGGUUUAGGCCCAUAUGAAAUAGUUAAUGCCAGUGACAUCUUGCAGAAUUCUUCACCAAGUGAAGUUGCUGAAUCCGAUAAAACCCCAUUAGAUAAAACAGAAAACCCUCCUGAAAUUUCUGUGUCAGAUAUAUCCUGGGACAUAAGUGUUGAAACACCACAAGUUGAUGUGAUUGAUGAAGUAAGCUUACCAAAUAUACAAUUGGAAAAUCAGACAUAUGCUCCUGAUUCCUUACCUCUUACCCGAGGAACCAGGGAGGAAAGGAGCCAACUUUUGGAGACAGAAUACAGAAAUAAGAUUCUGGAUGAUUUAUAUGAGAUGAAGGCAUUUUUGAAUCAGCGAUUGGUGGAGUUGAGGAAUGAAGAUACUCUGUCCUUGCAAAAUCAAGUCCAAGCAGUUGCUCCCUUGGUGCUACAGCAGCAUACACCUGAUGCCAUCGAGACAAUUAUAUCUGAUGUUUCAUUAGCGAUUUCACUGCUGACAAAUAGGAAAACACGGGAUUUAAUCAUGAUUCUCAACUCUAGAAGAUUCCUAGACAGACUGGUUAGUACAUUGGAGGAAAAGAAAUAUCACGAAGCAAAGUUAAAAGAAGGGUUGAAGGAUGUGGCUGCCAAACGUAUGGAGCUUCAGAAUUCUCUAUCUUCUUCAUGGCCAAAGCAAGAAGCUGCACUUGCAAAAACCAGGGAACUGAAGAAACUAUGUGAAAGUACCCUUUCAUCGGUAUUUGAUGGAAGACCCGUUCAUAUAAUUGGAGAGAUCAAUGCCUUGUUGAAUACCGGUAUUAGCGCGCAUGAUUUGACUUACAGUUAGAGAAGUGAAGUUUGAAGACCAGUUAACUUUGCCUGUUUGAUUUAGGAAAAACUCGUACUCAUUGACUGAUCCUUUUAAUUCCGGAAGAGCGUAUUCAUAAUGAUCGACUGGUCUAAUUGUCAUUUUUAUUUUAUUUACUUUUUAUAAUCUCGUUUGUAAAAUCUAUUUCACCAAACGAGAUAAAUUAAGUCAUUAAGAAUAUCAAGCCUCAUUUUCUUAAA